UUGACGAUACCACAUGCUGACAUCGAUGUGGUCAAUAGCGGCGGCAAUCGUCAUGACGGUGUCUGUGGUGAUAGAAUGCGCCACCGCUACCGAUACACUCUUCCGUCUGCCACUUCGGCCCAGCGCUCGAAGGAGACUGGAAGGGUCACCAUACAAUGAGCAGCGCUUGAACGGCACCUUCUCAUCGCACUCGGCCGAGCUGUACUUGGGUGUACCACCCCAGAAAGCCACAGUGGUUAUCGACACAGGAAGUGCCAUCACGGCAGUCGCGUGCUCGACAUGCAAGAAUUGCGGAGCGCACAAUCGACCGGCAUAUGAUCCAGCGAAGUCGACGACUGCGCGACCACUGGCCUGUCGCGACUCCUCGAUAUGCACAUCGUGCUCGAGCCAACAGUGUUUGGUGAGCCAGACAUAUGCAGACUCGAGCUCGUUCGAUGCGUACCUGGUGGCGGAAACAGCUCUGCUUGGCAAUUUCAAUGGAAGCCUCUCGUCUGCGUACGUCCAAGCCAACGGAGUGACAAUGUCCGUAGGCUGUCAAACGUCUGUGUCAGGAGGCUUUGCCUAUCAUCCAGAGAAUGGCAUCCUCGGGAUGCAGCAAGACCCGUCAACGCUUCUCGCCGCGAUGGUACGCCAAGGCCGCGUCAGUCGGAAUGCAUUUUCGCUCUGCUUGGCGCCGCUCGGCACCGGCACCAUCGUCCUCGGCGGCGUCGACGACUACCUCCACAACGACGUGAUGCAGUACGUCCCGUUAGUUCGCCCGCCAUCCAGCAAGUACUUUUCUGUGGACGUGGUGGAUGUCAUCGUGGGCGCGACGUCUCUCGGGCUCGACUCGACCGCGUACGUUGGCUUUGGGGGCACUCAAAGCUCUGGCCAGUCGUUCAUUGUCGACAGCGGGUCCACCAUCUCGCAGCUUCCCGUCCCAGUGUUUGACAAACUGAUGCAAGUCCUCCAAGAAGCCACCGGCAUCGCGUCCUUUGGAAUGGGCACCAACGUCGUCGUGCCGCCACUCGUGAUGGCCAAGCUACCCACGCUGCGGUUGGUGCUAAGUGGGGGUACAAAAGGAACAGGAACCGUUCAACUGGUGGUGCUACCAGAGCAGUAUGUGAUGACUGUACCAGACAGCAGCAGCAGCAGCACCACCACCCAGCAAGUGGUUGGAUUUCGACGCGGGACAGCGACGAUUGGAGGAGUGUUAGGGGCAAAUGUGAUGAUGCACCACAACAUCCUGUUUGAUUUGGAGAUGCAGCGCAUUGGAAUCGCACCGGCAACAUGUACCAAGACUCGAGAAACAAUCGCAGACCUUGUCCAACUCGCUACAUCGAUAGCCAACACCAGCACACCUCCGCCGUUAGCCCCAACCAGUCGUGGCGUCCACCACAACCCCCAUCACGUCGUCGCGAUGGUCGUACUAGUAGUAGUCUUAGUCAGCCAUUAUUCAUCCUAAUCGGAACAGUACC